AUGCCACAACUCAUUUACCAGCCACUUCUGCCCUGUGCCAGCAAACACCUGCAGUACAAAUGGGACAGAAGCUGCUACAACAUGCACAGGGAAAAGGUGAAAUCUGCCAAGGCAACUAUUAACUCAAGCCCACCCGAGACCUAUGGUCACCUUCUUGUCAAAAGGAAGACAAAAAAGCUGGAAGAGGAACGUCUUUCAAAAAUUCAAAGGGAAAAUCAUAUGCUAUUGGAUAAAAUAUCCCAUAUAAUGCGGACCACUGGACGAAUUGACAGUAGAAACGAUUAUGUGAGUAAAAGUCUUAGCACAGACAAAAGGCAGCAAGAACUGCUCCACAACAUCAAGGGGAACCGGUUCCUCUUGCAGCGGUUGUCAGAGUGCGUGCCUCACUACAGUGUACAACUGUGGCACAAGGAGUGGCUAACAACCCUUAAGCUGAUGGAGAGCAUUGGACGCUUCCCACGCUUAUGUGAUGCUCAGGCGAGGCAGUAA